AUGCAGGUGAUAGGAUGGUCUAUGUGGUUUUCUGAGUACCUCUUUCUUGAAAGAAGCUGGGCCAAGGAUGAAAGCACUCUAAAGUUAGGUUUUCAACGGUUUAGGGAUUUCCCACUCCCCUUCUGGUUGGCACUUUUUGUUGAGGGUACUGGCUUCACUCAGGCAAAACUUUUAGCUGCUCAAGAAUUUGCAGCCUCAAUGGGACUGCCUGUUACAAGAAAUGUUUUGAUUCCUCGUACAAAGGUUGAUGUGGACCUCAAGAGGCACUUGAUGAAGGAUUUGCCAGAAACAGACAAUGCUGUUGCGCAAUGUUGUAGGGAUGCCUUCGUGGCCAAGGAUAAGUUACUGGAAAAGCAUAUAGCCGAUAAUUCCUUUGGCGAACAAUUGCAAGAUACUGGCUGGCCACUGGAGUCCCCUGUGGUGGUUAUUUCUUGGGCGAGUUUACUUACAUUCGGGGCCUAUAAAUUUUUCCACAUCAUCACUUCUAUCCUCGUGGAAAGGUCUUCAGCAAUGGGAUUGGCAAUUGUCACAGUUCUCAUGCAAAUCUUGAUUCAGUUCUCUUAG